CCUCGUGUCUGGCUGGCACAGGCUUCGAGUCCAGGGCGCUGGCUGGGCCCACCUGGACUUGCGGGGGCUGAAGGGAGGAUGACGUGUGCGGACCUCCUGUGCCCGCGGCUGUGCGUGGUGGAGGGCCGCACCAGAUGCACCUGGCCUUCUGGGGCUUCCUGCUCCCUGGGCUGGGGAGUCUGGGGAGCGUCGGGGAGAGGAGGAUUGCCCCUGGGGCCGCCACGCACCCACACAGCACUCUGCUGACUUGCUCUGGCCUCCCCUCCCUGGGCAGCGGCCACCAUGUUCUCGUGCGUGAAGCCCUACGGAGACCAGAACUACUCAGCCCUGAAGCGGGCCUGUCUGCGCAGGAAGGUGCUCUUUGAGGACCCCAACUUCCCAGCCACCGACGACUCGCUGUACUAUAAGGGCGUCCCGGGGCCCAACGUCAGAUGGAAGCGGCCCAAGGACAUCUGCGAGGACCCCCACCUCUUUGUGGACGGCAUCAGCUCCCACGACCUGCACCAGGGCCAGGUGGGGAACUGCUGGUUUGUGGCAGCCUGCUCAUCGCUUGCCUCCCGAGAGUCGCUGUGGCAGAAGGUCAUCCCAAACUGGAAGGAGCAGGAGUGGGACCCCGAGAAGCCUGAGGCCUAUGCGGGCAUCUUCCACUUCCACUUCUGGCGCUUUGGGGAGUGGGUGGACGUGGUCAUCGACGACCGGCUGCCCACGGUCAACAACCAGCUCAUCUACUGCCACUCCAACUCCCUCAAUGAGUUCUGGUGUGCCCUGGUGGAGAAGGCCUAUGCCAAGCUGGCGGGCUGUUACCAGGCCCUGGAUGGAGGCAACACGGCGGAUGCACUAGUAGACUUCACAGGUGGCGUUUCCGAGCCCAUCGACCUGGCCGAGGGUGACUUUGCCAAUGAUGAAGCCAAGAGGAAUGCACUCUUUGAGCGCAUGUUAAAGGUGCACAGCCGGGGAGGCCUCAUUAGCGCCUCCAUCAAGGCUGUGACCGAGGCAGACAUGGAGGUCCGCCUGGCAUGUGGCCUGGUGAAGGGCCACGCGUAUGCCGUCACCGAUGUGCGUAAGGUGCGCCUGGGCCACGGCCUACUGGCCUUUUUCAAGUCCGAGAAGCUGGACAUGAUCCGCCUGCGCAACCCCUGGGGCGAGCGAGAGUGGAACGGGCCCUGGAGCGACACUUCAAAGGAGUGGCAGAAGGUGAGCAAGAGCGAGCGGGAGAAGAUGGGUGUGACUGUGCAGGAUGACGGCGAGUUCUGGAUGACUUUCGAGGACGUGUGCCGAUACUUCACCGACAUCAUCAAGUGCCGCCUGCUCAACACGUCUUACCUGAGCAUCCACAAGACGUGGGAGGAGGCCCAGCUGCGUGGGGCCUGGACACGGCACGACAACCCGAGGCAGAACCGCAGCGGGGGCUGCAUCAACCACAAGGACACCUUCUUCCAGAACCCACAGUAUAUCUUCGAUGUCAAGAAGCCAGAAGAUGAAGUGCUGAUUUGCACCCAGCAGCGGCCGAAGCAGUCCACCCGUCGGGAUGGCAAGGGUGAAAACCUGGCCAUCGGCUUCGACAUCUACAAGGUGGAGGAGAACCGCGAGUACCGCAUGCACAGCCUACAGCACCGGGCCGCCAGCUCCAUCUACAUCAACUCGCGCAGCGUGUUCCUGCGCACGGACCAGCCCGCGGGGCGCUACGUCAUCAUCCCCACCACCUUCGAGCCCGGCCACACUGGCGAGUUCCUGCUCCGAGUCUUCACUGACGUGCCCUCCAACUGCCGGGAGCUGUGCCUGGAUGAGCCGCCCCACUCUUGCUGGAGCUCCCUGUGCGGCUACCCCCGGCAGGUGACCCAGGUGCAUGUCCUGGGGGCUGCUGGUCUCAAGGACUCCUCGACAGGGGCUAACUCUUAUGUGAUCAUCAAGUGCGAGGGGGACAAAGUCCGCUCGGCCGUGAAGAAGGGCACCCCGACACCUGAGUACAACGUGAAAGCCAUCUUCUACCGCAAAAAGCCAGGCCAGCCCAUCACUAUCCAGAUCUGGAAACACCGAGUCCUGAAGGAUGAGUUCCUGGGCCAGGUGCACUUGAAGGCUGACCCGGACGACCUCCAGGCCCUGCACACGUUCCACCUGCGAGACCGAAACAGCCGGCAGGCCAGCGACCUGCCCGGCACCGUUGCUGUGCAUGUCCUCAGCAGCGCCUCCCUCACGGCCGUCUGAGGCCUGCCCACCCACCUGGCCCCCACAGUUCCCCCCACCGUCUGCAUGUCACCAACCAGGGACCAGCCUGGGAGCCAGGACUCUGGGGUCUUUUUCUCAGCUUUUCCACUGACUUGCUGUGUGACCUUGGGAGGUCUCUGCCCCUCUCUGGGCCUCAGUGUCCUGAAGAACCCAACGCAUUCCUUUCUCAUGGAGGAGUCUUCUUGCUGAGAUCUAAAAUAGCCCUCCUUACCCCAACUGUCGCCACAGCUAAGGGACUCUAUCCGUUGAGAAUGUUUUCCCAGGGCCCUGCUCUCUGCCAACGGAGUGCCAAGAAGAUGUCACUUGUUUACACACGAACUGCCACAUCCCGAAGCCCCGCUCUUGCCCCUCUUCCGGCGCCCGCCCCAGUGUCCCAGACAUUGCUUCCUCUGUCACCUAAACCUGGCUCUCUAGCCACCUUGGCUCUGGCCGGGUCCCUGCUCAGGCUGGAAUUUGGGAAAUGCGCAGGUGGCAUCUGUUGGUUUCAGUCCCAUCCACCCACCACCCAUUCAUUUAUUCUGCAGAGAUUUGCCAAGUGAAUAAACGAUGCCCACGAGACCCCAGAGGAUCUGGGCUCCUGCCCACAGCUCAGGGAGACACGCGUUGAUGCUGGGCCUCCCCCUGCUCUGGGGUCCUCUCAGGCUGUGCCCAGAGGACCUGCAGAUACCUUCUCAUUCCACGUUCUCAUUUCAUCCCCAGCCUCUGGUUUCAGAUCCCUGGAGAAGUGUUGGCAGUGAUGGGAAGGGGAGGCGUCUUCCUGUCUCCAUGGCCCUGAUGCCAGCAGUGUGCCCAGUUUGUGGCCAGGGGCUGGGCAGGUGGGAAGGACAUGGUGGCCCGACGGGGAGGCACAUAUCUGAGGACCCCUUUGCUGCAAGACCAGGGCUUUCCUGGGAGAAAGGGCUCUGGGUGUUGGUGUCAAGGCCAGGUCACCUACUAGCUUGGCAGCACACAGGUAAAUCCAUCGCCUGACCAGAGGCCCUCCACCAACAUUCCCUCCAAAACGCAGCCAGGGAGGCCACCGCUGUCUUCUUGCUGCCUGGACCAAAGUUCCUUUUAGUCCUCGACAUUUUAUAUUGUUUUAAAACUCGCCAUUCUAACCAGGGGUUUUCAAGGGAAAACAGCCUGGGAACCCCUUUUCUUAAACUCGUUCUUGUGGCCCUCUGAUUUUAUUCUGAUUCCACUUGGGGAGGAACAGGAUGUCAUACCUUCUCAAAGGCCGUCUGGAGCUGGAUUAGGCCAGGGUGGUUUGCAGGUCGGCCCCAGUUGUGUUGGCACGGUGACCCGCGUAGGGUCCGCUGUGCCCUUCCAGUCUCCAGACCAGGCAACAUAAAUGGGAAAGUCCAGCCGGAUCAAGAACCAGAAUUGCUGGGGAUUCCUUUGGAAACCAGAGUUUUCGGCUCCAGAUCUGGCUCUUUGGUCCAGUGUCCUGGCCGGGGUCCUGGGAUAUGAACUUGGCCUCCUCACCCCGUGGUCGGCUCUGCUCCUGUGUCCUGGCCCUGGGCCACGUGAGGGCCAGGAACUGAACAACAAGGAGGACAAGAGGACUCUUGGAAAAGCUGUGGCUUCCUCUCGAGAACCUGGGCUGGGGCCAGGACUCUACCGAUGACCAGGAGCAAAUCAUUCAAACCUCCUGUGCCUCGAUUUCCCCCUUUUGCAAAGUGGGGCCAAUGAUUCCUGUUUGUCAGCACUCUUACUAGCAAGUGCUGAAUAAGGGCAAAACCAUACCCUUUCUCUAUGUAUCUCCGUAUGCGUGCGCGCUGUACACUCUCAUGUAAUCACUCUCCAAUGUCUAUUUCAAAUGCACACUUCUGAGUGGGGCUGGGGGAGAGACGAGGCUGGAUAUGCCGUCUUGGGGCCUCUGGGGCCGACGUGUGGGUCCUUUCUCAGCCACGUCCACCGGGGCCUUGGGGUGAACCAGGACCAACGGCAGACCUGUGGGUUCAGUCCUAGGGCUGCCCCCGCCCCAACUUGUUCAGCAGCCCUGCCCGUGCUUCCUGCCCCUUUGUGUGGGCCAGGCUGGAUCCUGGAUGUACAGACACCCCUGUCCCCAGGGGACCCGAGGGGUGGGGCAGGUGAGGUUGGAGCUCUUGCAGGCUGCGGCAGGAGGGUGGGGGGGGAGAACAGCUCCGAGCUGCUGGUGCACACCCUUCAGUCCCGGGGCCCAGUCCCUGUUUGCAGACGGGCAGGCCUCACGGAGACCCAUUUUGUUCUCAGAAUAAACAUUACC